AUGGGCGCGGAGCAGAGCGCCGACGCGGACGGACGGCCCCACGAGCCCAGCGUGUCGGCGUCUCCUUCACCAGCCAAACAACGAGCCAAAAUGGAUGAUAUUGUUGUGGUGGCACAAGGGACUCAGUCGUCGCGCAACGUCAGCAACGACCCUGAAGUCAUCAAGCUGCAGGAAAUCCCAACUUUCCAACCCCUCCUGAAAGGUCUACUCAGUGGGCAGACGUCUCCAACCAACAUUAAGCUGGAGAAGCUGGAUUCUCAGCAAGUUCUGCAGCUCUGCCUCCGGUACCAAGAGCACCUUCACCAGUGUGCAGAGGCAGUGACCUUUGACCAGAAUGCUUUAGUCAAGCGAAUCAAAGAGAUGGAUCUUUCGGUAGAAACGCUGUACAGUUUAAUGCAGGAGCGCCAGAAAAGGUACGCCAAGUAUGCGGAGCAGAUCCAGAAGGUCAACGAGAUGUCGGCCAUCCUCCGCCGCAUCCAGAUGGGCAUUGACCAGACGGUCCCCUUGAUGGAGCGGCUGAACAGCCUGCUGCCCGAGAGCGAAAGACUGGAGCCCUUCAGCAUGAAACCCGAGCGGGAAUUCAAGCUGUAGUCUUCUGCUUUUACCACCUUUUCAUGGAGCCUGCUUGAAGCAUCAUGCACUUGCCAGCCAAGGCAUUGCUUCUU